AUGGCCACAUUUUUAUCCAACACGUUUCCUUCUUCACAAAUGAACGCGCAAGAAGAAGACGCAAAGUCACCACCAUCGCGCGGAGGACCAGAAAAAGAGGACAAGGCCAAUACGAAUAAUCACUACGAAACCUUACUCGUCUCCACGUUCGCUUCGGACGAGGAGAUUCGCAGAGCGUAUUUAAAGUUAGCCUUAAGAUGCCACCCCGAUAAAUUCGGACGACGGCGCCGACAACAACAAGAAGAAGAAGAAGACGAAGAAGAAGAAGACGCGAACAAAGAACGGUUUCAACAAAUCUCCGAAGCGUACGGAGUGCUCUCAAACCCAGAGUUACGACGACGAUACGACGACGAAGGCCACGCGGGGCUUUUCUCAGCAGCAUCAGCAGAUUCGUCUUCGGAGAAAGAGUACGAGCACUAUUUGAGAAGGUUUCGAGAGCUCGUCGUGUUGACGCCGCAAGGCUUAGAUUUAGAGUUUUGA